GGGUAAGCCCCAUGAGGAGUGAGGAGGAGGAGACCCCCUAGUGCCUUCAGCGGACCCCCUAGUGCCUUCAGCGGCCCUGGAGAAGACUCCUCCACCAAAAGGCUGUCUGACCAUGUCCGAGGGCGAGCCGAAGACCGCCGCGCCCGCGAGGGGCCACAAGGUGGACCCCAAGGCCCCCGGCGCCCUGCAACCCCAGCAGGGGCCGGGCGUGACCCCCAUGUCCCCCCCGGUGUCCGCCAGGGCCCCGCCCGCCACCACGGCCACGGAGGACGAGGACGAGAGCGAGGACGAGUCAGAGAUCCUGGAGGAGAGUCCCUGCGGUCGCUGGCAGAAGCGCAGGGAGGAGGUGAAUCAGCGCAAUGUCCCAGGAAUAGAUGCUGCCUACUUGGCCAUGGACACAGAGGAGGGGGUGGAGGUGGUGUGGAACGAAGUCAUGUUUUCUGAGAGGAAGAACUUCAAACUGCAGGAGGAGAAGGUGAACGCAGUGUUUGAUAACCUGAUCCAGCUGGAGCACCUCAACAUCGUCAAGUUCCAUAAAUACUGGGCCGACCUCAAGGAGAACCGCGCACGGGUGAUCUUCAUCACAGAGUACAUGUCCUCUGGAAGCCUGAAGCAGUUCCUCAAGAAAACCAAGAAAAAUCACAAGACUAUGAAUGAAAAGGCCUGGAAGAGAUGGUGCACUCAGAUCCUCUCAGCGCUCAGUUACCUUCACUCCUGCGACCCUCCCAUCAUCCACGGGAACCUGACAUGUGACACCAUCUUCAUCCAGCACAACGGCCUCAUCAAGAUCGGCUCAGUGGCUCCAGACACCAUCAACAACCACGUGAAGACAUGCCGCGAGGAGCAGAAGAACCUGCACUUCUUCGCUCCAGAAUAUGGAGCGGUCAGCGACGUCACCACCGCCGUGGACAUCUACUCCUUCGGCAUGUGUGCCCUAGAGAUGGCGGUGUUGGAGAUCCAAGGGAACGGGGAGUCGUACGUCUCCCCGGAGGCCAUCGUUCACGCCAUCCAGUCCCUGGAGGACCCCCUUCAGAGGGAGUUCAUCCAGAAGUGUCUGGAGGCGGACCCCAGCCGGAGGCCCACGGCCCGGGAGCUGCUCUUCAACCAGGCGCUGUUCGAGGUCCCGCUGCUCAAGCUGCUGGCGGCCCACUGCAUCGUCAGCCACCAGCACAUGAUUGCUGAAAACGCCUUGGAAGAGGUCACCAAGAACAUGGAUCCUAACCUGAUCCUCGCAGAGAGUAGAGCCGGCGUCCAGCUCAAACUCUCCCAGUUCCCGGCCUUGGAGCUGGAUAAGUUCAUGGAGGAUGUGAGGAAUGGGAUCUACCCCCUGACCGCCUUCGGGCUGCCCGGCUCCCAUCAGCCCCAGCAGGAAGUGGUCAAGUCACCCAUCGCUACGCCCUCUGUCAAAUCACCCACGCCCGAGCCCACCGAAAUGGAGACACGCAAGGUUGUCCAUAUGCAGUGUAACAUUGAGCCAAUCGAAGAGGGAGCAAAACAUCAUUUGACAUUACUGUUGAAACUGGAAGACAAAUUGAAUCGACAUCUAAGCUGUGACUUGUUACCUAAUGAAAAUGUUCAAGAGCUGGCUGGAGAGUUGGUUCAUCUGGGAUUCAUCAGUGAGGUGGACCAGAGCCGUCUCGUCUCCGUCCUCACCGAAGCCUUCACCAAGUUCUACAGUCGGAACGGCUCCCUCAACCCGGUCACCGUGUCCUCCUAGGAACCCCGCCUCCCCCUGGCUCUGUCGCCGUGGCGACGCUCUCAUCCUCUGUGGCACUGCUUUUCCUUAACGACUCCAAUCAAUCAGGGCAAUGAAGCAUUCCUACUGGCCGGCCCGCGAGGCCAUGAGGUGGCGACACUGUAAAACAAUGUAAACUUUCUAUUGGUAAGGGGCAGUACUACUUUUUAACGGGCGGAGGUAAAGCUCUAUGAAGCCAUAUGCAGCAGGGGGGGGGGAAGUCUCACAAGGAUUCAUGACUGUCAGACGCCGGGGGUUUGAAACAAAUGUAUUUUGAGUCGCCUAACUUGCAGCAACUGAUCCCCCCCCCCCCCCGAGAAGAUGAACCAAAGAGGCCCCCAGCUUUAGUCCACAAGGCUGGUAUUAACGUUGUGUUCAAGCGAACGCAGUCUAGCUGCAGACCCAGAGAGCAGACUCUUGCUGAGGCAGAGAGCCCACUGCGAUAGCGUCUGGGGCUACCGGUUUACAGGUUAAUAUGUAAUGCAUGUUCAGCUUCCCACCGCCACUUUAAAAACACGGCCAUAGAGUCAGAACACGGCUAGACACAACCGUUUAGAAUCGCAGAAGAACGCCUAAACCUCACUCAUCUAUCGCAGAUUCUGACUUGUAUAUCUGAGCUUGAGUUUCUGUGUUGGAUGCUGUAUGUGGUCUUCUGGUUUCUGGUGUUGGUCCACACAGAGACCUGAAUCACGUCUUGAUUCAGGUCUCUGUGGGGACCAACACCUCCCUUCCCUCAAGCCCCACCAACCCUGCACUUGCUACUCCAACCCAUCCACUCUGUUCUGUUUUGCACUGCCUUAUCAAGGGGAAGGCCCGUUUACCGAUUACCGCUCACCCCGUGCUCUCGCUCUCUGUACCUAGUUCUGCUUUCACAACUCCAAACUACACGGCCUUUACUGUGGCCUUAACGUGAUUGUAUUCGACCUGGACAGAGGUUCAUAGUUGUGAUUCUGUUCGUUACGUGGUCUUGUUUUUUGCAAUAUUGCCCUAGAAGUAUUUAAGGGGAAUUGUUCUCCGUGGAAACGUCCUCCUGUAGGUCUUUACCCAGGCGUGUUUUAAGGCGCAACACGGGGUGGGGGUGAGACACGUGGCGAGGGUGAGACACCUGGUGAGGGUGAGACAGGAGGCAAUGUGUCGGUGUUACUGUCCACAGGUUUUACAUGUGUGCCUUGCUCCUAGCGCUGUUCAGUGUGCUACCGUUUGUUGUGGUCGCCAUUUCGGAGUCCUACUCCCCCCCCCCCCCCCCCCCCGGGUCCUUUUGUAUCGUUACCAUGGUGACCCGCAUGUUACCGGAGCGCCUUGCCUCAUACGGUGGAAUGUUAUUUAUAAUAGGACGUCUUUUGACGUGACUUUUUUUUUUUUUUUUUACUCGUUAUAUACUGUGACGUUACAUAAUGGCUGCCUUCUCCUCCAGUCUGAGCCAUGCGUGAGGCAGGGGGUUCGGCCUCUUGGUCGGGUUGAUGAUGGACCAUGUGAUCCAAACUAGAGUUGCCUAUUGGUUGAGAUCUCAUCAACACUGUAGCUUUCACACAUGGCUGGAGCCCAUACAUAAAAAUGAUAUUUUUUACAUAAUGUCUGGACUGUUGUAAUAGGAGGUCUCAGACAAAGUAUUGUUUAGUUUGUUGAAUUCUGGGCUUGCUAAACUUAGCAAGUAUUUAAGGGGAAAUGGGCUGGCUACACUGCAAGCCCAGGAAGUCCUAGUGCUUUGAUACAGGGCCGGGUGAUCUGAAAGCAUGUGAUCUGUUGUUGGGUCCAUAGGGGGCGAUAUUGGGCGCAUACGAUUUGGCUUACCCUUUUUCUCUAAGAAGUAAUGUGUGCCUUUUGUGAUGAACAGGGAGAUUCUCUUUGGGCUUACCACGUUUCACUGACUAUUGCAUGCUCCGCUUGCAACGUCCUGUAGGUUCAGCCAUUCCCAAAGUAAGAUGAUAAACAUGUUCAAUAGAAAUAUUCAUGUUCGACUUUUGUUUGUUUAACACUUCUCUCAAUAAACUUAUUUCAAGCUGCUAUGA